AUCCGAAUGGAAAGGAAAUUUUAAAUAUUUCAAAAGUUAGGAGACCAGCCGAGCUGAGUCGCAAGAGAAAGCGACGAAGAGAUUAGAGAUCUGAUCCAUUGCGCGCGCACUCGAUUUCACACACACAUACUACAUACACAGAGAGAGAUCUGUAUAUCUUACUUAAUUGGGGCGGGGGCAAGGGGCGGUUUAAGCAUGAAAUACAGAAUAAAAUAAAGGGUUUGGAGGUAUAAUUAGUAUUUAGUACGAGUAUAUGUAUUUGUAAAGCGACGUGGGAACGUCGCCAAUCAUUAUUCCACCCCUGUUACUAUUGCAUCUUGUAAAGCAUAAACUACUCUAAGAUUGACCCUUUUUAUUUCAUUAUUGUUCGGAAAUGUGGAAUCCGAUUAGCAAAUUGGGAUCAGGAGCUGCUAAUUGGUUCCACAAGAGAGUUGUUGAUCCUCUUGUUCUUAUCCUCAAAAGGGGUGCUGAGCCAAAGCAAUUGACACUCUCGGCUGCUCUUGGGGUCACUUUAGGAGUGUUUCCCAUUUGUGGGGUUCCACUAUUUCUUUGUGGGCUGGCCAUUGCGGUGCUCGGAUCUCGUUGCCAUGCUCCAACGGUGAUGCUUUCCAAUUUUGUUGCUACUCCGCUUGAGCUGAGUUUGGUGAUACCAUUCUUACGUUUUGGGGAAGUUGUAACUGGUGGACCUCAUUUUCCUUUGACCUCUGAUGCCUUAAAGAAGGUAUUAAAAGGACAGGCUUCACAAGAGGUUUUCCAAAGUAUCUUUCAUGCGCUUUUGGGAUGGCUGGUUGCUACUCCCAUCAUAUUUGUGGCAUCGUAUGUGCUGUUUUUACCCUGCUUUAAGAUCUUGGUUCACAAGUUUAGUCCCAUUCCUUCAAGCCCAAAGACGCCAACGUUGUCUCUAACAGAUAUCAAAUUGAAGGUAAGAGAUGUUUAAUCGUCAUUGAGGCUAGGAAAUAGUCAUUGCUGGAGACUGACAAAGUUACACAUCAUUGCCAUGAUGCUUGUACAUGUUAAUUUAUGGAUUUUAGUCGUCUUAUACAAGUUUGAAGCUUCUCCCUCUUUACACACACGAAAACACAGAGUGAAAAUUUGUAAGUCACUGUUGUAUAAAGCUGUUACAGAAAUUAUAGUAGACCUGUGACUACUAUUUAUUUAUUUUACAUGCUUGCAUUACAUUUUUUUGGUGA